GUAGCAUAUACAAUGAUUAUAUAUAGCUUGCUUACAAAGUCAAAGAGGGCCUCCGAAUCUUGAAUUAGAAAGCUCUUGUAUCUGCUGCUAACAGAAGCCUCCUGAAUCUACUAUUUCUGGGAGAUUGUUUCAUUUUCAUUGGCAUCCAAGAUUCUAAUAAGCCAUGAGAGAUAUUAUGGAAAGGUUUCUGGUUCUUCCCUUUUCUAUGGGAUGUAUGUCAAAGUCAAAUGCAGCUGGUGCAGUUGAGUCAAGCCAAUGCAAGGAACAAAAGCCUCAACCAAAACAGCUUGUAACAAGGAUGCAAGAGGGAAAAAGCUCAUCUGGAAUGAAACUCAAGAAUUCUUGGGGGCUUGUAGCCCUAAGGAGAUCCAAUAUUUCAAGAGGAUUUCGAAAACUAGUCUUGGAGACCUUGGAAAGUUUUUCUCGAAUUUUGAGUUACAAAGACGUAGAGGAAAUUGAGUUGGAAUUGGAAAUAGGACUUCCUACAGAUGUAAAACAUGUUACACACAUAGGAUACGAUGGAUCAAUGACAAGAAAUCCCGUAAAAAACAAAAACUGGGAUAACAUGGAAACACCUGAAAUACAUUCUUUUCCUUGUAUUUCUAUGAAACAAUUUGAGCAUGCCAUGGCUGCCCAAUCUCAGACUCCACCACCUCCUAACCAUUCAACCAAUGACAAAGAUUAUACCAGUUAAUUA